CUUCUGACGUAUCUAGGGGAGGAGACACGUCACCAGGGGGAGGAGCUACGGGGGAACAGGGUACCCGAAAAGUACCCUCGCCACGCUUCGAGCUCGGUGGCUCGCUUCGCUCACCACCUGAUUACUAAAGGUAAUAGUUGGUGGCGUGGAUAGUAGUGGAACUAUCCCGCUGGCGUAGCUCCUCCCCCUUGUAUCGUAACUCCUCCCCCAGACGGAAAAGGUCCCUUGCCCACUUGAUUCUAGCAUCUACCCUGGCCCGGCUAGGCUGCGGAGGCGGAAUGAACGGGAGCGGUGACACCGAGACGGGCUGAGAUGGUAUCGAGACCCCCGCCCCGUACAUAUUAUAUACUCACAGCUGUAAUACAGCCCUGCCCCCUGUGUGCUGGGUGUACUGGCCCUGCUGGGAGGGAAUAGAGUGUGAGCUCUUGUGCCACACUGAGGAGAGAGAUCCCUGUGUCCCAUGCAUUGCUCCACAGAGAUUAGAGAGUCAGCUCUUGUGCCCCACGAUGGAUGGGAUAUCCGGGCAUCACUUACAUUGCUCCAGGGGAACUAGAGAGUCAGCUCUUGUGUCACACUGAGAAGAGAGGGAUCCCUGUGUCCUAUAUAUUAGAGCAGAGGGAAUAGAGAGUCAGCUCUUGUGUCACAUAGUGGAAGGAGAGAGCCCUGUGCCCCAUACAUUGCUCCAGGGGAACUAGAGAGUCAGCUCUUGUGUCACACUGAGAAGAGAGGGAUCCCUGUGUCCCAUACAUUAGAGCAGAGGGAAUAGAGAGUCAGCUCUUGUGUCACAUAGUGGAAGGAGAGAGCCCUGUGCCCCAUACAUUGCUCCAGAGGGAAUAGAGAGUCAGCUCUUGUGUCACACAGCGGAGAGAGAGAACCCAGUGUCUCAUACAUUGCUCUAGAGGGAAUAGAGAGUCAGCUGUGGUGUCACACAGCGGAGAGAGAGAACCCAGUGUCCCAUACAUUGCUCUAGAGGGAAUAGAGAGUCAGCUGUGGUGUCACACAGCGGAGGGAGAUAGCCCAGUGUCCCAUACAUUGCUCUAGAGGGAAUAGAGAGUCAGCUCUUGUGUCACACAGCGGAGGGAGAUCGCCCAGUGUCCCAUACAUUGCUCUAGAGGGAAUAGAGAGUCAGCUCUUGUGUCACACAGCGGAGGGAGAUAGCCCAGUGUCCCAUACAUUGCUCUAGAGGGAAUAGAGAGUCAGCUCUUGUGUCACACAGCGGAGACAGGAGUGACGGCAGAAGACGGCGCACCACAGCACACGGAUCCCUGCCCACCCCCCAGAAUGCAGGCUGACCCCCCAGCCAUGAGGGUCUGUGACAGUGAUGGCAAACUGGACCCUGCGCACAGCCCCCAUAACCACAGCGUUGCCUCCAGGGGAGUGGGCAGCAAGGCCUGGCAGUACAGCGACCACAUGGAGAACAUCUGCGGCUACCUGUCCAAGUACACUAACCUGGUCACAGGAUGGCAGUUCCGGUUUUUCGUCUUGAAUAACGAAGCCGGACUGCUGGAAUAUUUUGUGAACGAGCAGCUGAAGAACCAGAAGCCGAGGGGCACGGUGCAGCUGGCCGGGGCCGUCAUCUCCCCCAGUGAUGAAGACUCGCACACGUUUACAGUGAACGCUGCAAGCGGAGAGCUCUACAAACUGCGAGCGACUGAUGCCAAAGAGCGGCAGCACUGGGUAAGCCGGCUGCAGAUAUGUGCCCAGCACCACACAGAAGCCAUUGGGAAGAACAACCCCCCCCUGAAGUCUCGCAGCUUUUCGCUGGCUUCUCAGGGUAGUGGGAACUCUCCCGGCUCUCAGCGUCGACCCAGCCAAAAUGCUGCAGCUUUCUUCAACAUCAGCCAUCACCGCGCAAUACCGACAAACAGGAGAAUACCGAUAUUGCAGCCGGAUCACCUAGGAGACGUGCGAGAGAUGAUGACUCAAGCAGAAUGCCAGCAGAGGGAGCUGAUGCGCAGCAUUGAAGGUCUGCCCCCUACUGGUCACAUCAGCUCUCUGGACCAAGACCUGCUCAUGUUGAAGGCUACAUCCAUGGCGACUCUGACCUGCCUGAAUGACUGUUUCUACAUGCUGUACCAGCAGCACUCGGCCUAUCAGAAAAACAUGCUGCCCACCGGGGUGACGAUCAAUUGGUUGGAACCAAAGAUCCUCCUGCCCGAGCACCUGGAGAAUGGAGAAGACCCCAACUUCCGGGCGGAGGAGAGCAAAGAGCAGGACUUGCUGAAUGAGACUGAGGGGUUGCCUGACGCCGGCCAUCUGAGCAGGGAACCUGAAGACAUAAACCCAGAGGACGAGGUGGAGGAUUCCUGUGACCUGACAGAGGAUGACCUGGGGGUUGUGGAGGAGCAGCGCAGCAUCAUCCUGCACCUCUUAUCUCAACUUAAACUGGGCAUGGACCUAACACGGGUUGUUCUUCCCACCUUCAUUCUGGAAAAGCGUUCGCUGCUGGAGAUGUAUGCUGACUUCCUGUCCCACCCAGACCUUUUCCUGUCCAUCAGUGGGGGGCUCACCCCAGAGGAGCGGAUGGUGAGAUUCGUGGAGUACUAUCUCACCUCUUUCCAUGAAGGACGCAAAGGUGCUUUGGCCAAGAAGCCGUACAACCCCAUCAUCGGGGAAUCCUUUCAUUGCUCCUGGCAGGUCCCUAAGGAUUCCAUCCAAACCCCAAAACCUUCGGAGCCACUAAUAGACUCUCAGGAUCACACGUCGCCUCAAGAAGAGGACGGAACAAAGGAAAAGGACUUCUAUUCGGUCAGGUUUGUGGCCGAGCAGGUUUCUCACCACCCUCCCGUCUCUGGGUUCUACGCAGAGUGUCCAGAGAGAAGGAUGUGCGUCAAUACACACGUGUGGACAAAGAGCAAGUUCAUGGGGAUGUCCAUUGGCGUGACGAUGGUUGGAGAAGGUGUCCUGUAUCUCUUGGAGCACGAUGAGGAAUAUUCCUUCACCUUACCCUGUGCGUACGCCCGCUCCAUCCUCACCGUGCCCUGGGUGGAACUGGGGGGAAAGGUAAACGUGAACUGCGCCAAGUCUGGUUACUCCGCAGCCAUCACCUUUCACACCAAACCCUUCUACGGAGGCAAGUUGCACAGGGUGACCGGCGAGGUGAAACACAACCCAACCAACACGCUGGUGUGUAAGAUCCAGGGAGAGUGGAACAGCGUGCUGGAGUUCUCGUACACCAGUGGGGAGAUGCGAUCGGUGGAUCUGCCGAAGCUCCCAGUCACGAAGAAGAGGGUGCGCCCCAUAGAGAAGCAGGGGCUGUUUGAGUCCAGGAGGCUGUGGACACAUGUGACAGAAGCCUUGACUGCAAAAGAUAUCGAGAAGGCGACAGAGCACAAGAGGGCGCUAGAGGAACGGCAGAGAGCAGAGGAGAGGCAUCGGACGGAGACCGAGGCACCAUGGGAAACCAAGUACUUUAUAAAAGAGGGCGACGGGUGGGUCUACAACAAACCUUUGUGGAAAAACUCAAGCUCUUCCCUGUAACUACAGCCUGAGAGACUCUGAAGGGUGGAUGCUGCACCCCCGGGUGGGCUCCACAGGGUGCAGAGAGAGAGCGUCAUAAUUAUGGAUCAGUAUUAACCUGUUUCGUCACCUCUUGCUCUGAUCUUCCUAAACUCAGACACUCAGGAUGCCUUCAGUCCACACGGAGAGACGUCUUCUCUCUGCUACAGCACUGACCUCCCGUGAACCUGCCCAGCGCUCCAUGCAGUAUUAAUUUGCCUGUUUUGAUUUCAUCAUUCUCUGGGCUGCAGUUCUCCUUUGCCGCUGCUAGGGUGGAUGAAAGGCGGCAGCUCCCCCCUGCCCACCCCCACGUGAGGCCUCCAGUAUUUUCCAGCUUCUUGGCCUCUCGGCGGAUCAGGAAAUAGGCCACAUCUGUGGUUUGGAGACUGUGGGCCGCACAGGAUGCAACAGAAAAUCUGCUUUUGUUUUGGGCUGAUAUUUUAUUGUUUUUGACAAAUUCUCGCAGAAGGUUUAACCCUUUCCCUGCACUUACGGACUUCGGCCCCUGCGCCGGGGAAAGGAACUACUUUGGGAAAUGUGUGUCGACAGAAUGAAACACGAUUUUCUUUUUGAAGUGCAUUAAACCGCUGAGCUGUGCGCUAGAGGUCGCAGUAAAUUUUUGUGACGCGCGUUCCAGCCAGCUACGAUUCGGCAGCAAGGUCCUGCUCCUUCCCUGUCUGGUUUAAUCGUGAUGGCAUACUAACCCGUCUUCAGCAAUAUUUAUAUUCGUCACUAAAAUAAAACAAGUUCUGAUUGGCGAGAAGCUGGAAAAGGCCUGGCUGCGCCAUAACCUGGAUUGGGGGCGCUACGGGCGCAGUCAGGCGUUACAAAGCAAAUUCAGGUAGAUGCUGACCACCUGGCAGUGCGGUUUCUGCAGUAACGUUUCUGGCCGGCUGGAUCCUGGAUGCCGCUAAUUGUGCGUGUACAGAAGCUGCGCGCUCUGCGAGUGGUGCCUUAUUCUCUCUUCUGAAUGUCGUCUUCCAAUCAAGUGUGUGUAAAGCUGAACUGUGUGAUAAAGAAACACCCGGCUCCACGUGUCUCCCCUCGUCUGGCGUGUCGGGUGCCGGAGCAGCGAGGCCGGAGUUGCGGUGUCUGUUCCGUGCACACGUCUCCCCUUUGCUGUGGGAAAACAGACAUCCCGCCAGCUGUGUAUUGGGAGAACUGAGAAUAAAAUGUAAAUUGUCA